AUGGGCCGGACCCGGACGGCAACUUUUACCUUGGUAUCCGACAUGUUGGCUGCGCUCGCCCAGCCGCUCGCCGCGCCCGCUCGGCCCGAGGCGGCCCCUCACGCGCGGCGCCACCGCCGCCGCAGCCGCGCGCCCCUCGAGCGCGGCCGCCGACGCUCCGCCGUGAGCUCCGAGAGGCAGCGCCGAGGCGCGCGGGCCAUCCCGGGGGAGCGCGACGCGGGGCACGGCCGCGGCCCGGGGAGGGGCGGGCGCGCGGGGCGGGGCGCGGCGGCGGCGGCGGCGGCGGCGGCGGGCGGGGAGGAGGCCUCGCCGCCGGGCCCAGGCGCCGCUCUAGCGGCGCGGCCCCAGCCCAGAGCGCAGCGCCGAGGCCCCUCGCGGCUGCCCCGGGCCCGGCCGCGCCGCCAUGUUCCGCGCCCGCCGCCCGCCGGGGCUCGGGAGAGGCCGGGAUCGGCCGCGCGGCGCGCCCCCUGGAGCGGCGGGACUGCAGUGAGGGGAGCGGCGAGCGGCGCGGCGCUCAGGGGCGGCGGGAGUCCGGGGCCGGGCGCAUUGUUUCCCGAGGGGACCUCCCAGGCCAAGCCGGCACCCGCGCCCGCGGGGACCCCCGGCCACCGCCUUCUGGGGCUGCUGCCAGCCGGAGUCCCGGGGCGGCCGGAAGGGCCCCGGCUCGCCGCGCAGGGUGGCCAGGCCUUCCCCUCCGAGCCCCGGCACGCCGCCCGCUCUGUCCCACACGGAGCCUGCAGCGAUGUUGUAAGAUCUCUGUGGUGAACCGAGACUAGAAUCUGUGAAUCCACCACCGAAACAGUAUCAUGAAAGCCUGGAGUGCCUAAGAAAUUUCGUGUUUACUGUGAAUGAAGGCAAUGGGAACUGAAUGAAGCAUUUGGAUGUGGAGCCAGGGAUUGACAUAUUCAGAGCAUUGAUUCAGGAGAUGGAGUUUUGUCAUGUUGGCUGGUCUCGAACCCCUGAACUCAAGUCAUCCACCCACCCUGCCCUUCCAAAGUGCUGAGAUUACAGACGUGAGCCACAGCACCCAGCGCAGCCUCUGUUAGUGACCUUCUGUGUUUACCUUGGACACGCAAGCCUUGGAUCUCUUGCAUGUAAGGCUGCAGUCUAGUGGUGUGAUCAUGGCUCACUGCAGCCUUUAACUCCCAGGCUCAAUCCAUCCUCCCACCCCAGACAACUUGCUGAGACUACAGCUUCUGAUGUUCUGGAGAAACCAGUGUUAUCUGAGUGUUAAAAGUCAAUUAUUAAUCCUUUCUCAGAGUUUCUGGAUGAUGUUAUUGGCUUUCAAGCAUGAGAUGCUUCCCAAGAGAGCUGUUGACUUCCAGUCUGACCAAAUUCUUUCACGUCGUGGCAUGUACGAUGCCUAAACGUUUUGGAACGUCUCUGAGAUGACUUCCGCAGAACUCUUCACCAUGAAAAUAAAGGCCACACAUAAAGGGACUGAGAAAAGGAACCACAUCAGAGAAGGAGCCAAAUACAGAAACUUGGAGAAACAGGAGGGAAUAUGAGAAUCAAAGGUGAGAACUUAAAAUGGAGAUCUGGGCCAGGUACGGUGGCUCAUGCCCGUAAUCCCAGCAUUCUGGGAGGCCUAAUUCACCCAGGGGUUUGAGACAAGCCUGGGCAACAUGACAAAACCCCAUCUUCUACAAAAAAUACAAAAAUCAGCCAGACGUGAUGGUGGAUGCCUGUAGUCCCAGCUACUCCAGAGGCUGAGGCGGGAGGUUGGCUUGAACCCAGGAGGCAGCAGUUGCAGUGAGCUGAGAUUGUGCCAUUGCAUUCAGCCUGGACAACAGGGCCAGACCCUGUCUCAAAAAAUUAAAAUUAAAUAAUAAAUAAAUAAUAAUUAAAAGGAUAUCCAGAAAGAACACCAAAGAAGAGGGGAGAUCUGAGUCAAGGGGUCAGAUGAUUGUUCAUCCCUGGAAAAGAAUGUGAAAACUCAUGCCUCCGAUGCUGAGUUUCCCAGAACACUAGAUCCAUGGUAAGAUGAGUUUGUAUCCUAUGUCUAACCCCACCCUGCCCCAGGAAUUUAUAAUGCAAAACAGUUUAUUAAAGGCUCUGAGAAGUACUGCAGUAAAGA